AACUUACCAGCGAUAUUGAAGACCCACCUGCUCCAUCUGCACUCGACUCGACUUCAGCUCGAUAGCCAUCACUACGUUCACAGCAAAUUAGAUACACUCACACUUUAUCACGGCCAAACCACCAAGAUGGGCGUUCCACACUCAACUGCCCGUGUUCUCGCCCCUCUUUCAUUCUUGUACGACUUCGCCCUUCAGCAAUACGGCAUGCUCUCCACACCUAAUAUGAAAACUAUACACGACCGCAACAUCUCCUUCUUCUCCCCACAGCCCUUCUUCAUUGCAGGCUUCUUCUUUCCCCAGCAAUUAUUCCAGCUCGUAUGGCUGUACCGCCUGUACUUUGCCAAGGGCACAAAAGAAGAACUAGCCGAAAUGAGUGAUUUUGCGGCCGUCUAUGCGCUAGGGAAUGUGUGUAUUGGUACUUGGAUGUUGUUCUGGAAUAAAGAAAUGCUAGGCACAGCGAACGUGUUUGUUAUCAUCAAUACGCUCGCGCAGGUCGGCUAUAUGGCCACUAGGCUCAAACCCAUGCGUACGUCCAGUUACAAUUCUAUGUUGACGCAUAUUGUGAGCAAAACCUUUGCUGGCAUCGGCGUACUUGACCUUUUACACAACACUUCCGCCGCAUAUUUCGUCAAUCAGCCUGCGAGUACAGCGAUCAAAGUUCUUACCGGACUGGGCUUUGCGGGGGCUGCGGUUUGCAGCGAUUGGAUCUUUGGGGGAUGUUUGGUGUACGACCUGAUUGCGCUAAGUGUUGGGCAAAGUGUAGUCGAUCCAGGUUGGGGGAGGACGCUAGGUGGAUUUGCCGCCGGGACAGCGGCGAUAGUUGGAGUGAAGAAUUGGUUGUUACCACCAUAUGUUAAGGGUAAUAACGGAUACACGACAGUUGAAGACGCAGGUGAAGCUUAGAGAGACCAAAUAACCCAGGUAGGGGAUGCUUGAUGCCUAAUGUUCGAAGAACGCUUCGAGCACUCGAGAAGUGAAUAUGAUCCGAUUGAAUCAUAGCAACGAUUGUCAUCAACCUUUGCUAAGUGGCAACAUUGUCUCCGAAACUAGAGGAGUUUGGCCAUCGAAUGCCCCCACGCACGUCUCUACCCAAUGGCGAGUGCCUAACAUAGAUCAUGGAUCUCAUUGAAAUAAUAUCAAAGCAAC